AGGUGAUCACCGUUAAUCUCCAUGAGACGUUUAAAGUGGAUGAUGACUUUGAGGUGAAGCCUUACUAUGCAGGGCAUGUCCUUGGGGCGGCUAUGUUCUAUGUGAAGGCAGGGGGGCAGUCGGUGGUGUACACUGGGGACUAUAACAUGACACCUGACAGACAUUUGGGGGCGGCCUGGAUUGACCGAUGCCGUCCUGAUCUGCUCAUAUCUGAGUCGACAUAUGCAACGACUGUCAGAGAUUCUAAACGUGCACGUGAACGGGACUUCUUGAAAAAAGUCUUUGAUGCUGUGUCGAAUGGUGGCAAAGUGCUUAUCCCUGUCUUUGCGUUGGGCCGUGCGCAAGAGCUUUGUAUUCUACUCG